AUGUCAAUUCCAGUAUUGAUGCGUGAUGACGGUACUCAUGCGCCUACGGACUAUGACAAGGCCUGCGUACUCAGUGGGCAAUAUGCGGCAGCGUUUGUAAGGGAAACCUCUUUGACAGGCGUUGAGCUGGUUUGCAGGACCCCAGAGAGUUCAGAACUAUCUGAAUUUAUUGUAGCGGAGACUGCAGUUCGUAGGCUGUUACAAUGGCUGAACCCUUCUAAGGCUUCUGGGCCUGAUUUAAUUCACCCGAAACUGUUGCAUGAGUUGGCUACGGAACUAAGUGGACCGCUCACUAUCGUGUUUCGGAAAUCGCUUGCCAGUUGUGCAUUGCCUUCCGAAUGGAAGGAAGCUGUCAUCUGUCCCAUCUUCAAACAUGGGGACAGGGGUCUGCCUGCAAAUUACAGGCCAGUUAGUCUGACGAGUGUAGUAGUCAAACUCCUCGAGAAACUGGUGAGAGAUUCAUUGGAGAGUCAUCUGAAUAUAUUUAAUCUACUUAGCAAUGUACAACACGGAUUCCGGAAGGGAUUUUCGUGUCUGACGAAUCUGUUGGUGGCUCGCGAAAAUUGGGCGGAUGCAGUGGAUAACGGCCACACACUGGACGUGCUUUUCGUCGACUUUUCGAAGGCAUUUGACAAGGAACCCCAUUUGAGGCUCGUGCAAAAGCUGUCCUCCUACGGGGUAUCUGGCCGCGCCCUUCAUUGGGUAACUGCCUUCUUGGAGGGUAGAGAACAGUGUGUAAGGGUAGGCCGGGGCCUAUCAUUUAGGCAGUCUGUUCUCAGCGGCGUGCCGCAGGGCUCGGUCCUUGGACCGCUGUUGUUCUCUAUCUAUGUAAAUGACCUACCCGCGGAGCUUGAGGUACCAUCGCUGCUAUUUGCUGAUGACCUGAAGCUGUGGAACAUUGUUGAUGUUCCUGGGGGUUCAGAAGCUAUUCAACGAGCAUUGGAUAAGCUUUGGGACUGGUCUACUUUAUGGUUACUGCCCAUAAAUCAGGCAAAGUGCUCCGUUCUUCGAAUUGGGGGAGGUUGUCCUCCUGCGAAGUACUUGGUCGGUGGGGUCGAACUCCCUCGUGUAUCUAGCCAGGUUGACCUAGGCGUCAUACACUCUUCGGCUUUACACUCCGGUGACAACUGGAAGAAGGCCGCAAGCAGAGGUUUCCGCAUGUUGUGGUUAAUCCGACGUUCUUUCGGAGUCUUGACGGGCGGCAUCUUUACGAGGCUGUUCUCGGCUUUCGUUCGGCCUCAUCUGGAAUACUGCGUCCGGGCUUGUCCGCCCUGCCUCGUCAUGGGCAAAAUGGAGCUAGAGAGGGUUUUACGAGUGGGUACUAGGUUAGUCGAGGGAGUACGGGGACGGACGUACCCCGAGCGUCUACUUAGUUUGGGAAUGCAUUCAAUGCACUUCCGAAGGCUUAGAGGAGACCUAAUCCUAACCUACCGUAUCUUGACUGGGAAGGUUGGUCCAGAUUUAUCUUGGCUAUUCAGUCCCGCUUGAUUGUCUGUUCUACGCGGUCAUUCGUUGAAGCUGGACAAACCGCGGUCCGAUCGGAUUAGGGCGGAAAUCCGGCUGUCACGCCGAGUUAUGGACCGCUGGAACAUGCUUCCGGAAAGUGUUAUCAGGGAAUCUACGGUUAAGGGGUUUGAGCGGCAACUUGACGCUCUUGGGUGGCAACACGAAACCUUUCCAUUUGCCUGAGUAACUCGCAUCUUCGUAUUUCGAUUUUCUUUUCUCUACUUUUUUUAACGCAUUGGUAUUAGUUUCUUAUUUAAGUGCACUUUCCUAUU